AUGGGUGGGUGUGGAUAUGAGUACCAAAUGCAGGGCUCUGCUCUGGAUGCCGCAUGCAGGGAAGCUCCCGUCUCUUUUAGCCACACGAAUAGGAGGCGAGCUACUCGGUCUCUGGCACACGCACAAGAGAAGUUGCUCGGUUCGACACAGACGCACAAAGGAAGCUCGGCUCCUUCCUAUGUCUACACAGGGUUCUCGAUUUCCGACCACUCCCCUAUCAUUCUUCACUAUAACCAUUUUCAACAUCACAAGCAUCGUUUUCUUUUCAAGAAUUAUUGGCUGUCUAAGAUUGAAUUCUGGGAUGUUCUCAUUGAUGUUUUCUCUCAACGGUUUCACAGCAGCCCUAUCAAUGCCUUUCUUCAAAAGCUCAAAACUCUUAAGCUUAGCAUCAAAGGAAAACAAUGGGUCUCUUCUAAUUCUCUUUUUCAGGAAAUUUCUGAGCUUGUUAACCAACAAAAUUCACUUCUUAGCAUAAUACAUGAUUCUCCUUUGGAUCCGGGCCUCAAUUUGGCUUUGAAAGACACCAAUCAUAGUCUUGCUUUAAAAAAUUUGGAUUGGUCGGGGUGGCUUCUUCAAAGAGCUAAGGUUAACUGGUUAACUAAUGGUGAAGAUGACCUAAAGUUUCUCUACUCCAGGAUUAAUGUCAGACACAACUCCAAUCACAUCAAAUGCAUAACAACUGGAGAUGGUACAUUCUAUAAUCCUUUUGAGAUUAGCCCUGCUAUUAUAAAUCACUUUCAAAAGCUCUUCAAUACUGCUCAUCCGGCCACCCUAUCUUCUUGGGAGACACCAAUUCAUCUAAAGCUUACUGAUGAUCAUUCUCACCGCCUGAUCUCUCCUAUCACCGUGGACGAGAUUAGGAAUGUCAUCUUCUCUUCACCCAACUGUUCUGCACCUGGACCCGAUGGUUACACCUUUGAAUUCUAUAAAUCCACGUGA